AUGGGCCGGCGCUUCGCUAUGACCGUGGCCGUGCUGGCGGCAACGGGCUCGUUUCUGUUUGGCUAUGAUAGCGGCGUCAUGACCGACGUGAUCGCCUCGCCCAACUUUCUGAAGUAUUUCAAUACGUCACAGACAUCCGCAAUCAUUGGUGCAAUUAACAGCACGUACUCGGGAGGGGCCGUGAUCGGUUCCCUUCAGGGUGGCUUGACGAUGGACCGCUUUGGUCGCAAAUUCACCAUCCAGAUGGGCGCCUGUAUUUGUCUGCUCGGCGCGACCCUCCAGGCUGCCGCCCAAAAUCUCUCGAUGAUCCUGGUCGGGCGCAUCAUGGCCGGCUGGGCCGUGGGGCUGAUGUCCAUGUCGGUUCCAGUUUACCAAGCGGAAUUUGCGCACCCGUCAUCCCGAGGCUUGCUUGUGGGGCUGACCCAGCAGAUGAUUGGCAUUGGGUAUAUUGUUAGCACCUGGAUCGGCUAUGGAUCGCUCCAUGCGCCGGCAACCAGUCAGUUCCAAUGGCGGUUCCCGCUGGCAUUUCAGGUGGUUCCUGCGAUAGUUUUGAUCGUGGGUAUGUUUUUUUUGCCCGAAUCGCCUCGCUAUCUCAUCGAGAAGGAGCAAUACGCGGCGGCAAUGCGCGUGCUCCACAAAGUACAUUUUGAUGGAACAAACGGGGAUUGGAUUGAUGCGGAGUUCAGGGAGAUUCGCCAGACGAUCGAAUCCGAGAAGGCUAUCACUGCACAGGGCUGGAUGCCGAUGUUCACAGUUCCCCAAUGGCGAACGAGGAUGCUGCACGGUUUUGCAGUCCAAGUUUUCACUCAAAUGACCGGAAUCAACGUCAUCACCUACUACCAAACAAUCAUGUACAAGGCGCUCGGGAUCACGGGCAACCGUAAUACGCUUGUCGCCGGCAUCUAUAAUUGUGUCGGCCCAAUCACCAAUUUGAUCUUCGUCGUCUUUAUCCUCGAUCGCGUCGGACGGCGCAGGCCCUUGAUAUUUGGCACGGUGGGCAUCUCAUUGGCACUCAUCUGCGAGGCGGCUCUGAAUUCGCAAAACCCCGAUGGUCAACGCAUCGGAUACAGCAUCGGAGGGAUUUUCUUCCUUUUCGCCGUAUCGGUUGUGUUUUCUUUAUCGUUUGGACCCUGCAGCUGGGUGUAUAUGGCAGAAGUGAUGCCUAUGCAAAUUCGCGGCAAGGGAAAUGCAUUUGCUGUGGGAAUCGGAAACUGGGCAGUGAGCACCCUGUGGAACCAGGUGUCCCCGAUUGCACUGGCUAAGCUCCAGUGGAAAUUCUAUUUUGUGUUUGUGGCAUGGAAUUUGUGUGUCUCACUACCCGUGAUCUAUUUCUUCUUCCCGGAGACUAAGCAGAAAUCCCUCGAGGAGAUUGAUCUCCUAUUUGGAGAACGCGUGCUGCAGCAGAGUCCUGAGGAUCCCAUUAUGAUGCAGCUGCGGUCGGAGAAGGAUGAGGUUGGCAUAACAGCGAUGAAUGUAGAGCAGACCGAGAUUCUCCGCUAG